UGUACAAUGUUAGUUCCUGGAAGCAUCAUACAGCUGUACUGUAUCAGGCGGCUUAACCUUCACAUUCCUGCAGUAAUCAGUGGUUCUGUAAGCGGUUAGAUACAAACUUUCCUUUACAAAUUACUGGGUGGGGUCAGCCGUCCUGUGUGUGCUAAAACUUACUUUCACUUUCAAAAUCCCCAAACUUCCUUUGUUAUUCACAGGUUAAAAGAGCACUGAAUUUUACUGGGUGACAAAAUAAAGAUGACAAGUUCGUUAUUAUUCGGAACAGAAGUGAGAAAUCCCUUUCAACUACCAGACUACUGCUGCCUCACCAAGGCCUCUUUCGCUGCUCCGAAACUGGGAUCCAGUUCAGGGUAACAACUCAAGUGCUGAUCUGCUUUACACUCGAUUCCUGGGACAAGUAUAUGGAUGAGAUUCUGGAAAACAGAAGUGAGAUGGCGAUAGCGGGCCCUCUGUUCAAUAUCAAAAUGAAGCAGAAUACUGGGGAGGUUUCAGCUGUGUACUUACCGCACUAUGUGUGUUUGAAAGCCGGAAAUAUAGAUUCUUCAGAAUUUAAAAUUUGUCAUAUCAAGGAUGACAAUAUGAUCCUAGAAACGCCAACAAGUGUUGAUUCCUUCCAUGUGGCACUGAAAUACCCCAGCUUCUCUCUGAUGGGCGUCAUCCUGAAAUUUGUCAGAAAUGUGAGCGAGAUGUUUCACAUUAAGAUCCCCACCCAUGCGUGCGUGUUUUUAUAUCGCAGGUCCAAAACCUUCCAUCUGUACAUAAUGCCCAGGGACCCGUCUAUAAAGCAGGCUGUGCAUGCAAAAGAGCAGAUGAACGGCUUCCAGUGGAUUGACAAACCGCCACAGACCAAAACCGUGUACACCCAACUCAAGUACAUAGUGGAACCACCCCCAGAAGGAAAGGUGAAGCCAGAGAGCCUCAUGUUGCAGUACAAUGACAACUCCCAGCUGUAUCCUUACAGUGAGAUUUAUCUGAUGAAAAUGACAAGUAACAUUCAGCUCAAAGUGACAUCAAAAGAAGACAAAACAGUAGUCUGGGAAUCCGAGCUGAGAGAAGAUGAUCUACAAGAACAUCAAAUUAAACAAAAGCCAG